AUGUGUCAAAGUUGCCACGGGCUGAAGCAUGCCGACGGCCGGGGUCACACAGGGCAUCACAACCCGACCUCCUCGAUGUUGCUGAGAUGUGACCUGGAGACAGAAUCGCGAAGUCGCGCGUGGAUACAGGGUAGGCUGGCGGCACUGGCCGAACAAGGCGCCGCCAGCCGGGCUAGUGAGACGUCAGCCCGACAGCACAAUCACCAGGUGCUUCGGUACAGGACCGUACCGAAUCCAAUCGAUCGAAGACGCAGUGCCCAGUGGUUUCAGCAUCACCUGCGUGACCACAUCUGUGCGAUUGGACGUUGGUCGCUGGAUGAGCCGAGCUCUUGGCGUGGCAAUCGACGGCCUAUACGCCGCUGGGGUUGA